AUGUCGGGGAGCCAGCAACCCCAGCUCCUUGUAGCUGCCCCGGCCCUGUGUGCUCAGCCCAGGCAGAGGCCCAGCUCCUCACGGCUGCCCCGGCCCUCCGUGCUCAGCCUGGGUGUGGGACCCUCACCUUCAAAGCAGGGGCACCCCAGGGAGAUGCUGGCAGCCAGGAAAUCCACACACAGACUCCACCCCCUAAAGCCUGCCACCCUGUAUAUGCCUGCUGGGGUUCCCAACUCCCCGAGCCGCCAGCGUCGCCACACACUCCCCGCCAGCGAGUUCCGCUGCCUCACUCCUGAAGAUGCCACCAGCGUGUUUGAGAUCGAGCGGGAAGCCUUCGUUUCCGUCUCGGGUACCUGCCCCCUGCCCCUGGACGAGAUUCGGCACUUCCUGACGCUGUGUCCGGAGCUGUCCCUGGGCUGGUUCGUGGAGGGCCGUCUGGUGGCCUUCAUCAUCGGCUCGCUGUGGGACGAGGAGAGACUCACACAGGAGUCGCUGACGCUGCACAGGCCCGGGGGACGCAUGGCCCACCUGCACGUGCUGGCCGUGCACCGCACCUUCCGGCAGCAGGGCAAGGGCUCCGUCCUGCUGUGGCGGUACCUGCAGCACCUGGGCGGCCUGGCGGCCGUGCGCAACGCCGUGCUCAUGUGCGAGGGCCCGCUGGUGCCCUUCUACCAGAAGUUCGGCUUCCGGGCUGUGGGCCCGUGUGCCGUCACCGUGGGCGCCCUGACCUUCACCGAGCUCCAGUGCAGCCUGCGCAGCCUCACCUGUCUGCGCAGGAACAGCGGCUGCUGA